UAGUUGCAAACCGCAAGCGGGAGUGCGUUUCCACGGCAACCAAAGGUGCGUCUUCUCCUGAAGAAGCGGCCAUGUCUGCCUCCGGAGACCAAAACAUGGAACCGCGCUACAUUUUCCAUCAUCUCCCUCAGAAAAGCUUCCCUGCCCUGGAGAACAGAGAUAUCCGAGAACGACUCCUCAAAUGGUCUAUGGAUGGGAGAAUCACAGUACAAAUAUUCAGCUUUGAUCAGAACUUCAAAGGCUAUCAACGGGAUGAUUUUCUUAUGGCAUUUUUCAAUCACCCAGAGGUUAACAGCAAUUUGAAAUUAUUGUCAGCUUCUGGAGAGUGGACCACAUUAGAUACUAAUGUGAGAAAAGUUGAAGCCAAGAAUGUUCUGUGUACUCAAGUUUCUAUGUCAUUUUUUGAUCGAUUAUACUCUGAAGGAGUUGUUCGAGAAAAUGGAAAUAUUGUAAAGUGUUUUGAUGAAUACCAUAAUGACAUUCUCAUUGCAGAUGAAUUAAGAAAGGUACUUCUUUUGGAAGAUUCGGACCAUUACAACUUAUACAGCCAUACAGACCGUGAAGAGUUUAUCUUCUGUGUUUUUAAGCAUCUUUGCCUUGGUGGAGCUCUCUGUCAAUAUGAAGAUGACCUGGGUCCUUACUUAGAAACAACAAAAGCUUUGUAUAAAGAUCUAGUGAGUGUUCAAAAGGAUCCUGAAACUAAGGAGAUAAAUAUAAUAUCGACUGUUUUUAAAGUCUGUGCAUAUGAUGCUAAUGGCCUUUGUUAUCCUUCAUCUAAUAGCCAUGAACAGAAUUUUGCUUAUUUGAUUGUGAAUCCUUUGAAACGCCACGUCUAUGUUUUGUACCACUCUUUUGGUGGGGCUUUCUUCUGUAACUGAUCUUGGUUUCUCAGUUAUAUUUCAUUAACAUAGGAACUCUGUACAAGGCUGGCAGGAUUGUAUAUUAAGAGAGAGAUCUAUAUUACCUACAUGUGGUUCAUUACUGUUUUCACACUUAUAAUGGUUCUUUUAUUAACAUUCAACAUUCAACAUCCAUACCACUGCUUGUAGAAUAUACUUCUUGACUUUGCCAUUGCUGAAUGUCCUGCCACUGUAAUAUUUUCUGUUGUAUGUUAAUGGAAAAUUAUAAUAAAUUAUUAUUUGAAA